CCGAUUGCUCCUGGGCAGGCUGUUCAGGCUGUUCAGGCUGUUCAAAACUGCAGAAUUGACUGCUCACCAGCGAUGGCCCAGUACUAUCGGGCGUCCCCAGCUGAGCCAGUGGCCUGUGUUGCCCCGUUGCCCCCUCAACCGGCCUGUCUUUGUUCCACCGUACUCUCCCUCUGGAUAAUAGCCAUAACAACAGUCGUAUGUACGGGUUUUGUUACCCGACGUAGUUUUCGUGCGUGUGUGCGUGUGCGCGUGCGCGUUAUGGUUUCUGCCUUAGAGUUUUCCCAGCUGCUUCCCAAAACUUUUCCCUGGCCGUUGCUUCGUUCUCUUCGCAAUGCUGACAGCCCAGUGGAAGGAGGCAUAACUGAGCAAACCUUUCUGUCGAGCUGUUGCAAGAGGGCGAGAUUGACACGUGAGGAGGCCAUCUGCCGUUGAUAUACGCUAACAAGUGACCGUCGUCCGCUUCUGUCUCUGCAUCUGUGUGUAUUGUUGCUCUCAUAGCGAUACGCUCCGUCUCGUUGCUAAGAGGGCCCAUAUAGUAC